UGCAGAUUUUGGUGGGAAUAUUCCGUGAACCCAGUGCAAGUUUUUCGUGUGCAUGCGUGUGCGCACACGUCAAUAGAGUGCUGAGCAGAGUUGCUGAGUGAGAUCGGCACACGAAUUGGAUCUAAUUUGGAUGAAAAUAUGUCAAAGGACCCCACACAAUCACGAAUACCACGUAUUGGCAGCAGCAGAAUCCCCGUGCCCGGUUCCAUCAGCCGCCCCCCGCACCAGUUCCAGUCCAAGCUGUCGAGGCCCUCGUCGGCGGCGAUCCCGUUUGCAACCCCCGCCAGUUUCCUAAGGCCACCGAGGUCAUCCGCGGUCACCAUCGCGCGGUCCUACUCCGGCGACAAGCUAUGUCAGGGUGAGCCCAGUCCGUUCCCGGUGUUGGCCGCCUCAACACCUGCACCGCAGUUCAAAGCGCCGCUCGGUGCGGUGUGUAAUCUGUACAAGAAGUUGGAGCUGGUGUCCACCGAGAACCUGAACGAUGUCCAGCCGCUGGACAACACGUUCGCCGUUGCGUCGCCAUGUGGUGAGGUAGACUUUGCGGACGGUCGCAUGCUGGUGGAUGAAUCGCUGGAGCUGGUCGGUGCAGGCAGUACGGACAAUCUGUUGCUGGAUCAGGACGCCGCCAUGUUGAAGAUGGCCUCCAGCAACGAGACGGUCACGCUCAACAGCGAUGGGAACGUGACGUACGAGGUGAAGCGCAGUGAGACGUUCAUCAAGCAGAAACAGGAGGAGGUAGUGUCGGUCGGGAAACUCGGUGGAAGUCGAGAGUCAUUGAAUCGAACAAGAGGAGCGUCACUGUUUUUGACGAUGAGCAAGUCGAGCGCGGAUUCACCCGUCCUGGAUCGGACGCACACGCUGGAUGAGCCGAAGCGGGCGCUCUGCUCGACGAUGGUUGGUAACGUAACCCAAAGCAUUCCAAAUAUUACGCAGGAGCUGUUGUACCGGACGCACGAGAUCAACAGCCCGGACCGGCUGCUGCCGACGGACCCACACGUGGUCCAGAGACCCACCAGACUGACGUUCAACUUGAACGAAACCACCAAUUUGUUGCACCUUUCGGAUCCCGCGUUGGAAUUGAACAAAACGCAGGUAUUCAGCUCGACGAUGCACUCUCCGCUGAACGUGACGAGGAACGUCGGGCACGAAUCUUUGGACACGAGUGCGGGCGAGCGCACGUUGGUCGCGGAAGAACUUGACGAAGACGAUGGCCACCACCAGAGGAGGCAGAACGAAACGAUGGAUGUGGACGAUAGUGGCGGGGGUAAGGAGAUUUUCGACUUGAGCUUGGAGGAACCAGCUUCGGUGGGCCGGGAAGAGGUGGCGCUUCGACCGCCGGAAGGACGAUGCUCGAUCCCGGCGAAACAGCGAUUCUCGUUCGGGCUGGAUUUGACCGAGUGUACGCUGGAUUGCUCGAUUGAGCUGUGUGAUUCGUCGGUGUCCUCUGCAAAACCGCACGUGAAGUCUCCGGUAUCGACCAGCUUGACGAAACAAGGUUCGUUCGAAAUGGACGAAAGCUUGGGAAUAUUGACUCCGGAUCAGAUGAAAGAAUUUCUGGAUUCAACCACGACAAACACGAACAAUACCAACAAUUUGGAGCUGCAGCUAAAUACGGGUUCCCACAAGCAUGGACUGCAUCAUUGUCGGAUUGACCAGACGCCGUCGCCGGAGGAGCUUCCGCUAGAUCCGGUGGGUGUCAAAACGGACAUGUCGGACAUUGUUCUGCCGUCGGAGAUUCCCUCGAGUCAGGCGACGAGCAUGUACCAGGAAAUUUCGCAGACGGAUUCGGACUCGAAGACGGAUCAGAUGACGAAAUCUGCGACCUCAAAGGUCUCCAAUAGCUUUAUUACGAGUAUUACCAGUAUAACGAGUUUGGACACGGGUUACCAAGGCGAUGGUGAAAUGUCCCGACCGGCAAGCCGCGGGGCGGAUCACUCGCCAUCGAAUGGACCACGAAUUAAAAACCCAGGAGCAGCCCCGUGGAACGCACCGGCAGCUCAGGCAGCGCCUGCGGUUCCACGGCGGCAGGAUCCCAUGACCGAUAGUGACUUUUUCACCGAGAGCGAUGCGGACGACGUGUUCAACCGGGGUGACCGGCGGGCUCAGGUCAUCGACGGGCAGCUGUACGGACCCAUGGUUCAGGGGGCAAACGUCUUCAUUAAUCAACAGCCACAAAACGACGAUUCGUGCAUGGAGUCGAGUGGAAUUUUCACCGACGUCGAGAAUCGCGGCGAUGACGACUUGGUUCAUCGACUGUCCGAGGACCGCGAGGAGGAGGACGAGGAAGAGGAGGACGAAGGUCAACCUUUGGCCAUGGAGAGCGAUAUGAGCCCCGACGCGUCCACCGAGACCAUUAGCAGCAGCAACACAGCGUGCAGCCAAAAGAAGGUACUACUUCCCCAAGACGCGGUGGAGGAGGACCAGGAGGACGCUAAUAGUUUGCGGAACGCUUCACUGGUUUCGUCGGUUAGCACGAACGACGCGUCCAUUGAGAUGGUGGUGCAGGUCGCGGAACAAACCUUCGAGAUGCCACCAGGUGACGUCGUCGUCGUCGAGUCCACACAAAAUCAAUCCUCGUCGUCACCGGUCGCGACAUCACCGUCAUCACCAUCAUCAUCAUCGCCGUCAACGGCCGUAGUGGUGAAUGGUACUGCUUCUAGUGGUGGUAGGGUCGAUAGUAGUGCUAGUGAGGUCGUCGUCGCAGUUGAAGCACGAGGAGGCCCAAGUUCCGACAGUUUGUCUGGCGCGGCCGUCGGUAGUGGAAGUGUGCUCGGGAGUGGUGGCGGCAAAAAGCCCAGCUCCAGCCGUAAACAGCAGAAAAAUGAAUCGAAUUUGGUGCUGAAAAAACACGAAAUGUCGUCGCGCGCGACGUUGAUCAAGACUCGCUUGUUCAAGGAUUCGGUCGUUAAGUCGGGUUCGGUUUCGAAGUCGUCGUCGUCGCGCAGUGUCGGUGGCAGCGUCCUGAGCCUGGACGCCGGGAAUGAGUGUGAGAAUCAGGAAAACAAGCGUCCCACCAGCGGUCACGGUGGUCCACGUGGUGGCGUUGGCGGGGGCAGUGUGGGCAAUCUGAGCUUUAUGAAAAAGUCGGCCACCCCCAACAAGUGGGACGCAGUGAUGAGCAAAAUUGCCGAGAAUAAGUCUGUGGUUAAGAAGAAUUUCAGUGAUGUAAAGUCGAAGAUCAGCUGCGGCAAAACUGGCGGUGGUCUGGUGGGGCGUCGCGUAGAUUCGCCGGCCUCCCUCAAGAGCCCACCGUCGGAAUGUGCCAGCAGCAUCGCAAGUCGCGGCGCGUCUACGCCGGGCGGGAAACGCACCAUUUCCGGAUCGGUUAAGCGCGGGCGCACCCACAGCAAGGACAGCCAGCAGAGCUCCCAGAGUGAUCUUAGCCUUUCCGGUGGUUCACCCAAGCUGCAGCCGAAAGUUUCCAGCAUACGACCAGCUAAAAAGCGAGAUGUGCGCACAAUCAACUCGUCGUCCAGUGAUUUGGGUCCACCGCCAAAGACACUCGGCGGCCAGAGCCAGACCCAGACCCAGCCGCUGCAGGCCCAGCAUCAACGGACGGCCAGUCUGCGGACACCGGCUACAUUGCAAAAACGACUACCACCACCGGUGACGAACGCUUCGAUACCGAUUGUGCCCGACCAGCUGAAGGGAUCGCCUCCGCCCCCGAAACGGAACAACCUGAUCGCGAAACGAACGCUUUCGGCGAAUGCGGCAACCACCAAUGGAGGAACGAUAAGUGCGCAGCACCAUGUUGUGGUGAAAACCGCACCACUAAAAGACCACAACCGCUUAGUUGGCCCAACGCCGACCUCCAAGCCACCGGGUGUCAACUCGCCAAAGCUGCUGCACUCCAAGACCCUUUCGAGCCGGUCGCACCCACCACAACCUUCAACGCCCCUACAACAGCAACAACACUCCACAACGACGACGACGACGCCCUCCGGCCACCAGAACCACCACCACCCAACGGUCAACGGAGUCGCCAACCAAAAUGGCACCACGCCAGUGACGAGUCCAACCUCGCUGAAGAGCUCCGGCGGCCUGCAACGCAAUGGCACCAUCAUCCUGGACAAGGCCAACUCGGGUUCGCCGCUGAUUUGUCCGGAUGGCGGCGGCGUUGGCAGUCCCAAGGUCCGGAACGGAAUUUCAAAGCAGCAGAAUGGAGCCGCCCCGCAAGGUUCCAAGGAGAUGCCGAUGGCGAACGGAGUGCCGACCAAGACCAAGACGACGGCCUCGGUGGGGACCUCGGCGGUCAGCACCAAUUUAGUCGAUAUUAGUUUGCUCAAUCAUGCCAACCGAGGCGUGGAAGCGCUGGGAGUUUUAGUACAAUACUUAGUUUAUAAUCUGGAUGCCUUUUCCUGUCCCACGAUCAAGCAGUCCCACCAGAAGGCGACCCAUGACCUGCUAGAGACCAAAUCGAUGCUCGACGACGAGCGCGACCAGUGCCAGUCGCUCAAGCAGCAGCUGCUCGACACGACGGAACGGGAAGCCGAACUGCAGGAGCUACACCGCUGCGAACUCAGCAAGGUGGAAUCCCACCUCGCGGACGCGCAGCGCUACGCCUCCGACCGCAUCACCGCCCUCGAGGCGGAACUGCUCCGCAAAGACCUGGAAGCCUGCACCGCCCUGCGCACCCGCACCGACGAGUUCGAGGCGCAGCUCGCCGAGCGGGAUGCCGCCCUCAAGCAGGCCCAGUCCCGCGAGCACGAACUGCUCCAGCGAAUCUCCGCCCUCAGCUGCACCGAGAACGAACUCCGCGACAAGGUGCACUCGAGCGAGCUGGAGUUCGCCGAACGGCUCCAGGCUGCGGCCAUGCGCGAACGAGACCUCACCGAGCAGCUGAACGCCCUGAACCGCCAGAUGGACGCGCUGCGGCGGGCCGCCGACAACCGCGAGCAGGACCUCCAGGACAAGCUCUGCCUCACCCAGGACGAGUGCACCAUCCUGCGGCACAACCGCACCAGCUCGGUGUCACCCUCCCGCAGCAGUCCAGACCGCACCGAAAACACCACCCUGAUGGCCGCGACGCCGUUUGCCGCCAGCCCGCUGCAGCAGAACCGCUCGUCCGGUAACCUGAGCCACGCCCAGAUCCUGCAGGACGAGGUGGACAGCUUGCGGUGUGUGUUGGAUUUGAAGCAGCGCGAGAUUAGCGAGUUGCGCAAGCAGACGCAGGAGUACGAGCGGGAUGCAAGGGAUUUGCCGGGGGCGUUGGUGAAGAUAUCGGCGCUCGAGUCGCGCAUCGAGGAUCUGCAGGUGCAGCUGAAGACGAAAGUCGAGGAGGAGAAAGACCUCCAGCAACGGUACAAGCUGCUGCAGGACAACCUGAAGCAGGAAACCAAGGUCAAGAGCCGCCUGUCGCAGCACAACGAGGAGCUGCAGUGGAAGCUGAAGCAAAACUCGGAAAAGUUCUCCCACGUGUACGCCGAGCUGUCCAAGAGCUACCACGAGAACUCGAGCUACCUGAACACGACGCGGACCAGCCUCGGCGGUGGCACCUCCGAGCGAGUCUUCGAGAUGGAGGACAUCUCGCCACCGACGAGCCCCGUCAUCAAGGGGGUGGUCGAGAAGAGCGAUUCCGUUUCGUGGGUGCUGGAGAUGGACGACGAACCGCCGGAGAUUUCCGCGUCGCGGAUGGUGCGGCGGGCGGGUUCUUUCCGCUCCAGUUACGAUCCGAAGCGGCAAAAGUGCGUCGGGAUGAACAGUUCGUUGAACGGGGGGAUUCAGCAGUCCAACUCGGUUGGGUCGAUUUUGAAGCAGCAGGAGUCGGUUUCGCCGUCGAAGACGACGACCUCGCCGGGGACGCCCCGGCUGCGGUCCAAGUCGGUUAGUAUUAAGGCCACCGAACCACCAAAGAAGAUUGUGCGAUCGAACUCGGGUGCGUCGUCAGCGGCGGCUGCGCCGGUGCCGACCUGCUCCAAGCCGAUCCGGAUGGCGGAGAUGCCGCUGUCGUGGAAGGAGCCGCCGCUGUACAGCAGCUCGCCGUACGCCCACAAGCGAUUUCUGAACGAGCGCAUGGAGAACGGCAAGUCGAAGGAUUUGUUUCUAGAGGAGACGGACGCCGACAGUCCGUACAGCCGGAGCCGGGCCGGGUCGUUUGGGAGUGAGGAUGUUGGGGGCGGUGCUGCCGCCGCCGAAGCAGUCGCCGAGCAGCCGGUCGAGUUUUUUCGUCGCGACAAAACGCCAAAUUUUAAAAAGAGCAAAGAAAACCGAGGACUCAUCACGUGUGAUACGAAGGCAUUGACGGGGGCUGUGGUGGAACUCCCGGUCGGCGUGGCCGCCCACAAGAAGCGACGGGACGCGUUUGCGCGCAAGAACCUGCCGAAAGAGGCGGCCGGGGAGGCGCUGGUGUCGGGUUCGGACGACGAGGCGUCCACCUCGAGCUGCCUGUCGGACGAUCUGUCCUCGCACAGCAGCAGUGGCAACAGCAGCAGCUCGAGCAGUUCGAGCAGCUCGUCGACCUCGACCGGGCAGACCUCGUCCGGGACUUCCGGUGGGGACGGUCGGGAAGCGCUGGUGGGGCUGGAGCCCGAACCGCGACGGCGCAGCGGCUCGAACGUUUCGCUGGAGGACGCGCUCAUGCAGAAGAUCGUCGCUAGUCUGAACGGGGGCAUUUCGGGGGCCGAGGCAGCGGGUGGUCUCGAAACGCCGAUGGAGGUCAGCUGGUCCGAGGACGGGGACCCGUCCGAGUCGAUCGUAUGACAUGACGAUGAUAGCUUUUAAAUCGUGCCGGCUCGAGGCGUUGAGGCAGUUUUUGUUUCGUUUGUUUUAUAAGAGUAGUUUUGUUUAAUUCCUUUUUAAGAGUAAGUCCAGUUAAUCAGUUGUUAAAUGUAUAGAUUUUUUUUUCUCUCGUAUUUAUAACCCCCGAAAAGCGCGCGCGUGGUAAAGGAAUGAAAGGAUUUGAAAGGCGUGGAAAACGAUGGAUUUUUUCUGGUUCGUUUUAACGAGUUUGUGAGUUUGUGGCAGAGUUUCGUCAGGUUUGUUUGUUAUUUUAGAGGACAGUUGGCUCAUCUUGAUUGGAAGACGAGCGCGCGAGAAGGAUCACACAGAGUUAGUCAGACACAGAGCAAAA